GCUCGUUCAAAUUCUGAAACAUGAAGGAUACUAUAGUUAUGUACCCUGCUCUUGGUAGUGGACACUUAAUGUCCAUGGUUGAAUUAGGUAAACUAAUAUUAACUCAACACCCUUCAUUUUCCAUCACUAUUCUCAUUCUUACAUCACCCAACAAAAACACAACCAACAAAGACACAAACCAAAAAACCCUAUCUCCACAAGAACAAUACAUAGCUUCAGUUUCAGCCACAUUUCCCUCAAUUAAUUUCCAUUACAUUCCUCCAGUUUCAUGCCCUAUAACACUUCCACCACACUUAAUCACCUUUGAAGUUUCUCACCAAUGCAACCACCAUGUUGAAAAUAUUCUACAUUCAAUUUCCAAGACUACAAACCUCAAAGCUGUUAUCUUAGAUUUUUUCACUUAUAGUGCUUCACAUGUCUCUACUAAACUUGAAAUCCCUACUUACUUUUACUACACUUCAGGUGCAAUUGCUGUAGCUAUUUUCCUUAAUUUUCCAUCUUUUCACCAAAAUGCUACAAAACCUAUUACUGAUCUUCAUAUGUCUCUUAAUAUACCUGGGACACCAAAGAGUUUUUCAAUUGAUGAUUUACCUGAUGAUGGUAAGGAUACUGGGAGUAUAGGGUAUCAGUUUUUGCUUGAAUCGGCGAAAACUAUGAGGAAAUGUGAUGGGAUUAUUGUGAACACUUUUGAUGCUAUUGAAGGAAGAGCAAUUAAAGCUUUGAAAGAAGGGUUGUGUGUUCUUGAUGGAACUACACCAUCCAUUUUCUGUGUUGGACCUUUGAUCACACCUUCUUAUGGAGGAGAUGAAACUGGGUGUUUGAGUUGGCUUGAAUCACAACCAAGUCAAAGCGUCGUGCUUUUAAGUUUUGGGAGCAUGGGUAGAUUUUGUAAAGCUCAAUUGAAUGAGAUAGCACUUGGAUUGGAAAAAAGUGAACAAAGAUUUUUGUGGGUUAUUAGGGCUGAUUUGGACUUAGAAGAGCUGAGUUUAGACGAGUUGUUACCAGAAGGGUUUUUGGAGAGGACAAAGGAAAAGGGAAUGGUGGUAAGAAAUUGGGCCCCACAAGGUGCAAUACUAAGUCACGACUCUAUUGGUGGCUUUGUGACACAUUGUGGAUGGAAUUCGGUGUUAGAAGCAGUUUGUGAAGGGGUGCCUAUGGUGGCGUGGCCUUUGUAUGCGGAACAAAAGCUGAACAAGGUGAUUUUGGUUGAUGAAAUGAAGGUGGCUUUGGAAUUAAACAAGUCAAAAGAUGGAUAUGUGAGUGGAACUGAGUUGGCGGACCGAGUUAAGGAUUUGAUGGAUUCCAAUAAAGGGAAAGAGAUUCGACAAACGAUUUUUAAGAUGAAAAUAUAUGCUAAGGAGGCAAAUGUCGAUAGUGGAAGUUCAUUUGUUGCUUUGACUAAGUUGGGUCAGUUGUUGAAGCAGAAGAACUAUGGUUGA